AAAGCAAAAGAAAGAACAAAAUGAAAAUCCAUUGCGAUGUUUGCGAGAGAGCACCGGCAACAGUGAUAUGUUGUGCAGAUGAGGCUGCACUUUGUGCUAAAUGUGAUAUUGAAGUUCAUGCAGCUAACAAGCUUGCAAGCAAACACCAAAGGCUUCUCCUUCAGUGCCUUUCCGACAGGCUUCCUCCUUGUGAUAUUUGCCAGGACAAAGCAGCUUUCAUCUUUUGUGUUGAAGAUAGAGCCCUUUUUUGCCGAGAUUGCGACGAACAGAUCCACCCGGCCGGCAGCCUUGCAGCGAAUCAUCAAAGGUUCCUCGCUACCGGAAUCCGAAUCGCCUUGAGUUCAAGUUGCAAUAAAAAGACUGAAAACUAUGUGUUGGAGCCACCCAACAAGAGUGCACCUCAGACUUCAAUGAAAACGCCUCCACAUCAUCAACACUCAAGCUUUGCUUCCUCUUGGGCUGUUGAUGAUCUGUUAGAACUCUCGGAUAUUCAAUCUCUAAACAAGAAAGAACAGUCUGAGCUUGGAGAGCUUGAAUGGCUAGCAGACAUCGGUCUUUUCGGUGAUCAAUUGCCUCAGGAGGCUUUAUCUAGGAUGAGGUUGGUGUAUGUGAUCAAACUAUAUGUUUAUAGUUUCAUAUGUACGCAUACCUAAGCCGUAUACAUCUCGUCUUGCUUUUCGAUUAUUUUGUCUUUGUUUUUCUUUAUAUGUACGAGUUUUCGAUGCA